AUGGGUCCGGAGCGCGCUCUGCCGUGCUCGCCAGAGUUCGAGACUUCGGAGCAAUAUGUUGACUCCCUAUUGGACUUUAUCGGAUCCUCUGAAUCAUUGCAUGCCCUCUGCGGCGGUGUCCACGUCCUUGAUUUCUUCACACGGAAACCGGAUCUCUAUACACUGGUAAUAGAUUCAGAAUGGCGGUCUUUCUUCCGAGCACACGACAUAAUGGACAUCUUGGAUCUACUCAUGCGGGAAGAUUUGAACGUCUUCAACCAGGAAACAAACUCAUGGAGAGAUGGCCCUAUUCCACCAGAGUCUCUGUUGCAAUAUAUCAAGCAGGUCAGAAGAUUGUCUUUACAACGUAAACAUACCCCAAUCGAAAGAAAGAACCAAAAAGGGACCAACGGACCAAAAACUUCACAUACCCUGGCCCGUCAAGUAGCGGUCGGCAUGAACGUCAAGAAGAUCCAUGAAGUUGACAACUUCUGCCGUUACCUGGACAAACUGACCUGCGAAAUUGCCGAGUCUACAAAUCAGGAGAUUACACAUCUAGUCGACUUUGGAGCUGGUCAAAACUAUCUGGGCAGAGCGCUGGCGUCCGAACCUUACAACAAACAUAUUAUCGCUUUGGAGAGCAGAGCACAUAACAUUGAGGGCGCGAGGAAUUGGGAUGUGCUUGCCAAACUAGCGCCAAAACAACAGACCAUGGUAAACAAAAAGGAGUGGAGGAAAGCCAUGGCCGAGCAAGGAAUAUCUGAGAAGGAAGCGCUGAAGAAAGAUCUAAAAGGGGAAAGAGGUUUCCACGCAGAAACUCCCGUCGAAGAACAACCCGCACAAGCAACCCUCAAGAUUUCGAACCAGGGAGUUGGCAGCAUUCAAUACGUCGAGCACUACAUCAAGGAUGGCGAUCUAUCUCGCGUAGUACCUCAGAUCGUGGAUCAAGAUGCUGUUCGCGAGAAAGUGACUUCCGAUCUUGAUACCGCUGCAGCACAACCACCCUCCUCAAAGCAAAUCCCCGACAACUUUGUCGGAGGAAACCUUCAGGUUGACGAUUCGAUCAAAGCUCAAGACCCUCGCCUUCUCAUCAUCUCGUUGCACAGCUGCGGUAAUCUCGUUCACCAUGGCAUCCGCUCUCUACUCCUAAACCCCGCCGUAUCUGCCGUAGCUCUAGUCGGGUAUGUAUUCACUAAUAAACCCCUUAUACUCUCCAGUACACUAAACAACCUUUACAGCUGCUGCUAUAACCUCUUGACCGAACGUCUCGGACCCCCAACCUACAAACUCCCCUCUCUACGCUCCAACCACCCACGCCUCACCGAAACAGCCUCCGCUCAUGACCCCCAUGGAUUCCCAAUGUCUUCACGCCUCUGCAACCAAGAGACAACCAGCGGCAAAGGCCUCCGUCUCAACAUCACCGCCCGCAUGAUGGCCGUCCAAGCACCCCAAAACUGGGGCAAAAAGGACAGCGAAGAUUUCUUCAAACGCCAUUUCUACCGCGCCUUGCUGCAGAGAAUGUUCAUGGAUAAAGGUAUUGUUGCUGCCCCAGAGCCAGAGGAUGUGGAGAAGAAUAAUGGAAGUCCGCUGGGGUGGAGUGCGGGUGGUGGCACUGCACCUAUCAUCCUGGGUUCGUUGAGGAAGUCUUGCUAUGCGAGUUUUGUCGCCUAUGUGCGUGGUGCAUUGGAAAAACUGAUCAAUGAUCCUACGCGAGGCAAUCUGUUCAAAGAGAGAAUGUGCAGCAUGACUGAUGACGAGAUCAGUAACUACGAGACCGAGUUCAAGGAAAGAGGCAAAGAGCUAUCCAUCAUGUGGAGUUUGAUGGCUUUUAGUGCUGGCGUCAUCGAAGCCGCCAUUGUAGUAGAUAGAUAUCUAUUCCUCAAAGAGCAAGACGAGGUUGCCGAUGCGUGGGUAGAGGCCGUGUUUGACUUCAAACAUAGUCCGAGGAACUUGGUUGUGGUGGGCAUAAAAAAGUAA